AUAAGUUUUUUACCAACACAUAACCUCUUGUACGUAAUAACAAUAACAACAACAAAAACAAACAUUAGUGGUCGUUCUUUAGAGAAAUAAUAGAUAAUUUUUUUGAAAAAAAUUAUUUAUUUGUCAAUUCUGUGCGGAAUGUGUCGAGUGUUUAAUGUGAGAUUUCAUUGAUUAUGUCUACGAACGCUUCUAUUUCGGGAGUUAAGAGCGAAAAUGAGUCUGAAGAUGAUUUUAAAAGGCAAGGAUCGUUCAGAAAAUUGUUGUCAGUCAAUACUAAUGGAGAUUCACAGCUCAGUACUGCUGUCAGGAUGAUAGAUCGACCAAACACGUCCCAAAGUAGCAAGGAGCAUGUUGCAUAUAUUCAGGAGUAUCAUAUUCUUGCUGAGUACAAUGAAAUGCGUAACAGAGAUUUAAGAGGAAUUUAUGUUAUACCAUCUGCACAGAAUUCUUUUGUUUGGUUUGGGGUUCAGUUUAUUCGUGAAGGGGUUUAUCAAGGUGGUGUCUUUAGAUUUACAAUAACGUUGCCUCCAAGUUUUCCUGAUGGAAAAUGUCCAAUGGUCAAUUUCCAAACUAACGUCUUCCAUCCAAUGAUAAAUUAUGAAACAGGAGAACUUAAUAUGUCUUGGGGCUUUCCAGAAUGGAAAAGAGACAACAGAAUCUGGCAGCUAGUGCAAUAUGUAACGAAAAUUUUUACAAAACUUGAUACCAAAAUGACUCCAGUAAAUGAAGAGGCUUCACUAUUACUAGGAACAAACUUUGAAAGGUUUAAAGAAGAAGUAAAAAAGAGUGUAAAAGACAGUUUGAGUAAGGUCUAUGACCCUCCUACAACUGAUGACAUACACUACAUAACAUUUAGUCCAUAUGAUAGUGAAUUGCACGAUUCUGUUAAACAAGAAAUCUACAAACCAAAGGAUGACAGUGAAAAUAAAGUUACUGGAUUUUCAUGGGUACAACCAGGCUCUCUACAACCAUUUUCAAAGUCAGAUGCAAGAUAAGUGUUCAUUGCCUUUAAUGUGAAUUAGGAUUAAUAUUUAUUUUGCACUACA